UUCCGCAUCCAAUAUAAAACGUUCCCAUUGGCUGCUCGCUCUUCCUUCGAAGCGAGGAAGGGAAAUGGCGGACCGUCUAACGCAGCUGCAGGACGCGGUGAAUUCGCUCGCGGAUCAAUUCUGCAAUGCCAUUGGGGUGUUGCAGCAGUGUGCCCCCCCUGCAUCCUUCAGCAACAUACAGACUGCGAUCAACAAAGACCAGCCCUCUAAUCCCAACGAAGAAUACGCCCAGCUUUUUGCUGCAUUAAUUGCAAGAACAGCUAAGGAUAUUGAUGUUUUAAUAGAUUCCUUGCCAAGCGAAGAAUCCACAGCUACGUUACAGGCUGCCAACUUGUAUCGUUUGGAGGAGGAGAAUCACGAGGCGGCCGCCCGUCUCGAAGAAGUGGUCUAUCGGGGAGACUUGCUCUUGGAAAAAAUACAGAGUGCCUUAGCCGACAUCGCCCAGUCCCAGUUAAAGACUCGCAGUGGCACCCGUAGCCAAACUCUCCCGGAAUAACUGUGGCCUGCGGCAAGGCUUCAGCCGUGGCACAGGCGCCACAGAUGUGAUUUGG